UUCGAAUAUUAUUCUACAGUAUUUAAAUUCUAGCUGCUGGUUCAACUGAGCUUUUCUUUAAGCUCCACUUUUCUUUACUCUAGAAAUUGAAAAACCAAGGAGGUUUUGAUGUUUUGUGUGGCACCUUCUGAAUUAGGAACCAUCAUGAAUGUACCUAAGGGUGGCCUGGUAUUGUUUUCAGCCAAUUCCAAUUCAUCUUGUAUGGAACUUUCAAAGAAAAUUGCCGAGCGUCUAGGGGUAGAAAUGGGCAAAGUUCAGGUUUACCAGGAACCAAACAGAGAAACAAGAGUUCAAAUUCAAGAAUCUGUUAGAGGAAAAGAUGUUUUUAUCAUCCAAACUGUUUCAAAGGAUGUAAAUACCACAGUCAUGGAACUCUUGAUCAUGGUGUAUGCUUGUAAAACCUCCUGUGCCAAAAGCAUUAUUGGAGUGAUUCCCUACUUUCCAUACAGCAAACAAUGCAAGAUGAGGAAAAGGGGCUCCAUUGUUUCUAAGUUAUUGGCUUCAAUGAUGUGCAAAGCUGGUUUGACCCACCUUAUCACCAUGGAUUUACAUCAGAAAGAAAUACAAGGCUUCUUCAAUAUUCCUGUUGAUAAUCUGAGAGCUUCCCCAUUCUUAUUACAGUAUAUUCAAGAAGAGAUCCCAGAUUACAGGAAUGCAGUGAUUGUAGCCAAAUCACCAGCUUCAGCCAAGAGGGCUCAAUCUUUUGCUGAACGACUGAGAUUAGGGAUUGCUGUGAUUCAUGGGGAAGCUCAGGAUGCAGAGUCUGAUUUGGUGGAUGGGAGACAUUCCCCACCUACAGUCAAAAACAUAGCUGCUAUACAUCCCAGUCUGGAGAUUCCCAUGCUGAUUCCAAAAGAAAAGCCACCCAUCACAGUUGUUGGCGAUGUAGGAGGAAGAAUAGCCAUUAUUGUGGAUGACAUUAUUGAUGAUGUUGACAGCUUUCUUGCAGCAGCAGAAACACUGAAGGAAAGAGGUGCUUAUAAAAUCUUUGUGAUGGCAACCCAUGGUCUCCUAUCCUCAGAUGCUCCUCGAUUAAUAGAAGAAUCUGCUAUUGAUGAGGUUGUGGUUACAAACACAAUUCCACAUGAAAUACAGAAACUCCAGUGCCCCAAAAUUAAGACUGUGGACAUCAGCAUGAUUCUGUCUGAAGCCAUUCGCCGAAUUCACAAUGGAGAAUCCAUGUCUUAUCUGUUUAGGAAUAUAGGCUUGGAUGACUGAGGUUUUUGUUUUUUUUGUUUUUUUUUGGUUUUUAAUUUUUUUUCAUUUAAAGCUAACAAGGGCCAAACUGGAAAUGUAUAGAACAUGUACUGUGAAGUAUCAUGCUUGUUCUUAAAUAUUACUAAGGAAUCUUUUUUGGGGGUGGAGGGAGGUUAUAGGGGUUUUUCCCCCCAAUUUCUUAAUCUAUGAGGAUAGACCAAAUUUUUAACAGUUAGGUGGGGUUGGGGAGGGGGAACCUUUUGUGUGUAACUUUUUUUAAAAAGCGCAUUCCCAACUCUCCCAUGUGUUUAAGAACAGAAAGGGCUAAAAAAGAUCUAGUUGUUUAAGUUUAGCUCACUAUUUAAAGACAAUAUUUUAAGCUCAUAAACUACCCCUUUUCCAAAGUUGCUUGAUUCAAAUGGUUUAAGAUGUUAAUGAAAUGAAUUAAUGAAAUAAAUUAAUCUAUGUGAUAUUUGACCUUUAAAAACCAAAAGGACUGUUGUACACAGUGACAUUUUGUAGAAAUGCUUUUAUAGAAAAGCAUAUGGAAUAUGCAACUGUAUUUAUUUUAUGUAACAAAAAGAAUAAAGAAUUUGUUGUGUGAGGUUUUUUUACAUUUU